UUUAUUAAAUUUAUUUUCGUUGGUUAUUUUCCUAGAUUUACUGAACAAAAAGCUAUUUUUUUAAUAAAAAUGAAUAAAGAAGAAAGCGAUGACGAACAGCAAGAGACGGGGCCAGUUGAAAAUGCUUGGUCCCUGAAGAUACCUAAAUUUACGCCUGAUGAUAACCCACAUGGCUUGCUAGAAGAAAGCAAGUUUGCGACUUUGUUCCCCAAGUACCGUGAACAAUACUUGAAAGAGUGCUGGCCUCUCGUGCAGAAGGUACUAAAAGAGCACUAUAUUGUUGCAGAAUUAGACUUAAUUGAAGGCAGUUUAAUAGUCAAAACAACUCGCAAGACAUGGGAUCCCUAUAUUAUCAUCAAAGCUAGGGAUCUCAUGAAACUGCUGUCCAGAAGCGUGCCAUUUGAGCAGGCAGUCAGAGUCCUUGAUGAUGAAAUUGGGUGUGACAUUAUUAAGAUAAAUUCCUUUGUGAGCAAAAAGGAGACAUUUUUAAAAAGGCGACAAAGAUUGAUUGGGCCAAAUGGUGUGACAUUAAAAUCUAUUGAGUUAUUAACAGAGUGUUAUGUAUUAGUACAAGGCAACACUGUGUCAGCUGUGGGCCCCUACAAGGGCUUGGUUCAAGUGAGGCGUAUAGUGGAAGACACUAUGAAGAACAUUCACCCCAUGUACAAUAUAAAAACUUUGAUGAUCAAGAGAGAACUAAUGAAGGAUCCAAAGUUAAAAAAUGAGAGCUGGGAUAGAUUCUUGCCCAAAUUCAAGAGUAAGAAUGUUCCUAGAAAGCAGCCUAAGAAGAAGGUACAAAAGAAGCCAUACACACCUUUCCCACCAGCACAGCCCGAGAGCAAGGUGGACCGGGAGCUGGCCACCGGAGAGUACUUCCUCAAGGAUGAACAGAAGAAGGCCAAGAGACACCAUGAGAAGGAGGAGAAGCAUGCCAUUGCCAAGAAGGCCCGAGAUGAGAAGAGACUGAAGGACUUUGUGCCCCCUGAGGAGAAGACAGACAAACCCACUACAUCUACAUCUGCAGAAACAACAGUGGACAUUUCACAACUAAAGAACAAAAUGAAGAAAUUUUCAAAACAACAUAAAGAGCUGAAGAAAAAGGUUAAAGAUGUUAGUAAGUAGGUAUUUUAGAAUAAACAAAUUUUGCAACUA